AGGAUUUAUGAUGCAGGUUAUAUAUAAAACCCUGCUACCUGCAUCCUCAGGUGCUCAGAGCACAGGAGGUGUGUGAGCGUGUGUGUGUGUGUGUGUGAGUGGUGCACUAAAGGAUAUCCACUAGGUACGGAGUAAGAGACGACAGGAAAAUGGCAGACAAAGAGCAGGGAAAAGAGAAGAAGACCAAAUCCAAGACGGAGUGCUGUGGAUACCCUCUCAGCAUCUUCUUCAUCGUGGUGAACGAGUUCUGCGAACGCUUUUCCUACUAUGGCAUGCGAGCCGUCUUGGUGCUGUAUUUCCGUUAUUUCCUGCGUUGGGACGAUGACUUGGCCACCACUAUCUACCACACCUUCGUAGCGCUGUGCUACCUCACACCCAUCCUGGGAGCCAUCAUAGCCGAUUCAUGGCUGGGAAAGUUUAAGACCAUAGUGUAUCUCUCCAUUGUGUACACUGUCGGACAAGGUGUCAUGGCCAUCAGCGCCAUCCAUGACAUCACAGACUCCAACCAGGACGGCACUCCUGAUAGCAUGACCUUCCAUGUUGCUUUGUCCAUGGUGGGUCUGCUUCUUAUUGCUCUGGGGACGGGAGGCAUCAAACCCUGCGUAGCUGCCUUCGGAGGGGAUCAGUUUCAGGACCAUCAGGAGAAGCAGAGAAGCACCUUCUUCUCCAUCUUCUACCUCUCCAUCAACGCUGGCAGUCUGCUCUCCACCGUCAUCACACCAAUCCUCCGAGCUCAGGAGUGUGGCAUCAACUCGCAGCAGAAAUGUUAUCCUCUGGCGUUCGGCGUCCCUGCGGCUCUCAUGGCUGUCGCUCUCGUGGUCUUCAUUGCGGGCAGCGGCAUGUACAUCAAAGCUGCACCCAAAGGCAACAUAAUGCUGGAGGUGUGCAAGUGCAUUGGGUUUGCCAUUAAGAAUCGCUUUAAGCACCGCAGCAGCCGCUACCCCAAGAGAGAGCACUGGAUGGACUGGGCUGAAGAAAACUACGACAAACUGCUGAUCGCUCAGGUGAAGAUGGUGCUGAAGGUUCUCUUCCUCUACAUCCCACUGCCUAUGUUCUGGGCUCUUUUUGACCAGCAGGGCUCUCGCUGGACUCUGCAGGCCACCACGAUGAACGGCAACUUCGGUGUCUUCAUCGUGCAGCCGGAUCAGAUGCAGACUGUGAACCCCAUCCUGAUCCUGGUGAUGGUCCCCAUCGUGGACAACCUCGUCUAUCCUCUCAUAAAGAAGUGUGGUCUGAACUUCACGCCUCUGAAAAGGAUGACCGUGGGCAUGUUCAUGGCGGCAUUAGCAUUUGUGGCUGCGGCUCUGGUGCAGUUACAGAUCGAUCAAACACUUCCUACAUUCCCCUCGGCAUCUGAAACGCAGGUGAAGUUCUUAAACCUGGAGAGCAACACACUGAGUAUAUCUGUGAAUGGAAAACCCGAUGAAAUUCAGGCUUUCCAGUCCUACGGCUACAUGACCCUGAACACAGACACUAUGGACUUAACAGUCGGAAACCGAACUCAAGACCCCAUUACUCUGCUGAAAGGAGAUCGACAAACGUUCCUGCUCACAUCAGCCGGACUUCAGGGAUGGGAUCAAGAUGUAAACACCAAGCCGGAACAAGGCAAUAACGAUAUCAGAUUUGUGAACGGCUACGGCGUGCCGCUGAACGUGAAGUCGGGAUCUAAAGACAUGGGAUCCAUCGGUCAGUUUGAGUUCUCCAACUACACGCUGUUCCCCGAGGGCAAAGCCACCUUUAUCAUAUCAGACAACACAGGACAGUUGUGCGAGUACUCCAUGAGUCUGGGUUUUGGAAGCUCCUACACAGUGCUCAUACCGAGCACCUUUAACUUCGGAUCUGAAUGUGGAAGCACCAUCCAGCAGAUAGAAGACAUCAAACCCAACACCAUCCACAUGGCCUGGCAGAUCCCGCAGUACUUCCUCAUGACGUGCGGAGAGGUGGUGUUCUCCGUCACGGGUCUCGAGUUCUCCUACUCACAGGCGCCUAAGAACAUGAAGUCGGUCCUUCAAGCCGGCUGGCUGUUGACCACCGCGAUUGGAAACAUUAUCGUGCUGAUUGUAGCUGAAGUAGGACAACUUCCUGAGCAGUGGGCCGAGUACGUGCUGUUUGCAUCGCUCUUGAUGUGUGUGUGCAUCAUCUUCUCCAUCAUGGCUUACUUCUACACCUACGUCGACCCGGCCGAGAUCGAGGAGCAGUUUUCCGAGCACGAACCCGACGACAAGGAGAAGAAGCAGCAGCUGGAGAUGAAGAUGGACACCACGUACACCUCAGACGACAAGAAACCAAAUCCAGAUGAAAUAAAGCAGACCAAGAUCUGAACAUCUCACACACACACACACGUUCCUAAUGCUGCGGAGAAAAGAAAUAAUCUCUGACUUUUAAAUUCCCUGAAGAGCCAGGAUAGUUUUAAGUGGCGGCUUAA